CAGUGCCUCUGAUCACUGGAACUUAAUGGCUUCCUCUUCUUCUUCUUCUUCGUCCACUACUCCUAAAACAAAGUACAAAGUUUUUCUUAGUUUCCGAGGUGAGGAGACCCGGAAAAACUUUAUAAGCCAUCUGAAUGACGCCUUAUGCCGGGAAAACAUUAAUACUUUCAUCGAUGAUAAACUUAACAGAGGAGAAGAAAUUUCUCCAGCUCUUUUGAGUGCAAUUGAACAGUCAAAGAUCUCGGUUAUCGUUUUCUCUGAAGGGUACGGUUCUUCGAGAUGGUGUCUCAAAGAACUUGAAAAGAUUAUUGAAUGCAAGAAAAAGUAUAGUCAGAUUGUAAUUCCGGUCUUUUAUCACGUAGAUCCAUCAGAUGUAAGGAAACAAACUGGGGAUUUUGGGAAAGCAUUUUCUCAGCUUGAAGAGCGUUUUAAGGUUGAUGAUCCAGAGAUGUUGCAGAGAUGGAAGACUGCUUUGACGGACAUAGGCAACCUAUCUGGCUUUGUUUCAGAAAACACUAGGAACGAGUCAUUACUUGUACAGGAUAUUGUCAACGAUAUUUUGAAGACAUUGGAUGAUGAGUACUUGGUAAUUGACAAGAGCCUAGUUGGUCUAGAUUCAACAAUCGAGCUGAUGGAAAAUUUAUUAUGCACGGUUGGUGUUCCCAGACUAGGAAUCUGGGGUAUUGGAGGUAUAGGUAAGACAACUCUUGCUGGUGCUGUAUUCAGAAGAAUCUCUAAACAGUUUGAAGCUUCUUACUUCAUUCGAAAUAUUAGAGAAGAAUCAGAGAAAAGCGGGGGAUUAAAUGACUUGCGCCAAAGACUUAGUUCUAGAGUUUUAGGGGAUAAACAUUCCUAUAAUGGAUUCACCUUGGAAAGAAAAAGGCUUGGCCGUGUUCUUAUUGUGUUUGAUGAUGUGACAAAAUUACAACAAAUGGAAUGUUUGAUGGAUGAUUUUGACUGCUUGGACUCUGAAAGUCGAAUAAUCAUAACGGCAAGGGAUGAACAGGUACUAAAAGAAUGUGGAGUGAAUUACAUACAUGAGAUGGAAGGAUUAUUUGGUGAUAAUGCUUUUGAACUUUUUAAUUGUUAUGCCUUUCGAGGAAAGAGUCCAGCAGAAGAUUUUAUUGAGCUAUCAUCAAGGGUAGUAGCAUAUGCUGAAGGUGUUCCUCUUGCUCUUAAAGUUUUAGGUUCCUCUCUAUUUGAGAGGCCAAAAGAAGAUUGGGAAAGUACUCUAGAAAAUUUGAAAAGAACUCCUCAUAUGGAUAUCCAUAAUGUAUUCAAAGUAAGUUAUGAUGGGCUAGAUAAUAAGCAAAAGCAAGUAUUCUUAGAUAUUGCAUGUUUCUUUAAAGGGUGUGAAAGAGAUCUUAUAGAAGAAGUCUUGGAUGCCUGCGGCUUCACCUCACGUAUUUAUAUAAAUGUUCUCAUUGAAAGGUCUCUCAUAACUACCUCACCCAACAUCAUAACAACCUCACCCAACAUGAUAAUAGCUUCAUCCAACAUCAUAACAAUGCAUGAUUUAAUUCAAGAAAUGGGUAGAGAAAUUGUUCGUGAAGAGUCGGCUAAUCUUGGUGAACGUAGUAGGUUAUGGGAUCAUGAGGAAAUCUGCUCAGUAUUGAAGAAAAAUACGGGGAAAGGAGCUAUUCGAAGCAUAAGCUUGGAUAUGUCUAAAGCAAAAGAGAUACGUUUACAACCUAAGGCUUUCAACAAGAUGCAUAACCUCAUGUUCUUGGAAGCCUAUGGCUUCACGCGUGGUAACAAGUUACAUGGUUUUGAAGACCUUAAAUCUGAUUUCUCUGAGCUAAGGUACCUUUGUUGGUAUAAUUAUUCUGCCGAAUCAUUGCCACAAAAUUUUGAUCCAGAGAACCUUGUUGCACUCUAUAUGACUAGUAGCAACGUUAAACGACUUUGGACUGGUGACAAGAAACUUAAUAAUUUGAAACAUAUUGACCUGAGUCACUCCGAGCAUCUACUCAAAAUGCCAAAUCUCUCAUUAAUUCCAAAUCUUAAGAGCUUGGUUCUACAAGGUUGUACAAAUUUGUAUGAGGGUUUCUCAUCUAUACGUGAUCUCAAUAAGCUUGUCCUCUUGAAUCUAGUAGCAUGUCAAAGAUUUGAAAGUCUUCCAAUCAACCCUGGUUGGAAAUCUCUUCGAAAACUUAUUCUCUCGCAGUGUUCAAAACUCAGAACAAUUCCAUAUAUCCCCAAUACAGUAGAAGAGUUAUAUUUGGAUGGAACUGCAAUAGAAGAAUUGUCGUCAUUAAGACAUCUUUCCAGCUUAAAAAUAUUGAGUCUUGCAAAUUGUUCAAAGCUGGAGAGUCUCCCAGAGAGUAUUGCUGAGUCAGAGAAUCUUCGAAUAGUUAUUCUCUCCAAUUGUUCAAAGAUCAAAACAGUUCCAUGCAUCUCUAGUAGUGUAGAAGAAUUAUAUUUAGAUGGAACUGCAAUUGAAGAAUUGCCGCCAUUAGAGCAUCUGUCCACACUAGUAAAAUUGAGUCUCAAAAAUUGUUUAAGACUAGAGAGUCUCGCCGAGAGUAUUUGUGAGGUAAAAUCUCUUCAGUGUCUUUAUCUUUCGGGUUCUUCAAAACUUGACAGAUUGCCUAACGGCCUGAAAAAUUUAAAAGCACUGGAGGAACUUGAAGUGGAUGGAAUUGGAAUAACAGAUUUACCGCCGUUGACUUUAACAUGUUUAAAAGACGUUAAGAAAUUAUCUUUCGUGAGAUGUGGGAUUCAGAAGCCACCGGUUUCCCUACUGUCACAGUUACCGGCCUGCCACAAACUGGAGCAACUAAAUCUGGAAGACUGUUGUAUCGAAGUGUUACCUGAAAAUCUUGGCGAAUUACACUCACUGACAUUUUUAUAUCUUAGCGGAAACAAUUUUGAGAGUCUGCCAGAGAGUAUCAAAGACCUAUCUAAGUUGUAUGAGCUUGAUUUAAGCAAUUGCCAGAGGCUGAAAUCCAUACCGCAACUUCCAGAUAAGUCACUACGUAUAGAUGCAAAGGCUUGCACAUCACUGGAAGCGGUAAGAGGUUUACCAACUCAAUGCCUAAGUAUGGGGACUCACAACGAGGAAAUUAGCUUCAUCAAUUGUUGCAAUCUGAAACUAGAUUUGACAGAUACUCUGCUGAAUAUUGAGAGAAAUGCAGAUCUAUGGUUUAGGUCUGAAGAAAACACAACAUCUCUGUCACGGGUGCCAAAGGCAUAUAGCCUGCCAAAGGCUUCUAUAUGUUACCCAGGAAGCGAAAUUCCAGAUUGGUUUACCCUUUUAAGUCAGACUGGUUAUAUAGAGUUUCCACCAGAUUGGCUCAGUGAUGACUUAAUUGGUUUUGCUUUUUGCGCUGUUGCAUCAUUCCGAGACUAUGAAGAGGCUGAAGCUUUGCAAGUUCGUUGUUUUCUGGUUGUUGACGAGAAGAUCGUUUCCACUGGCUGUUUGUUUAAUGAUUAUGGGCAUGAGGUUAUUGAAUCAGAUGAUGUUAUUGAAUCAGAUCAUGUAUUCUUAGGAUAUGAUUAUGAUAUCAUGGCCUUGGAAUUGCUUACUCUCAGUUCGAAUAGCAAGGGCUACAUGGAGUUCUUUGUUGAGCAUGGAAGUAUGAAUUGCAGAAAAAAAAGCAAGGUGACAAAGUGUGGAGUCAGAUUCUUGUACACUAGAGAUAAUUAUACAAGAAUAGAUGCAAGAGUGGACAGAGACCAGAGAUUUCCAUGCAUAAAUGGCUGCUUGAGUUCAACGUAUAUCGGGUGCAAAGUGCUUGCACACCAUGAGCAUCGCAAGCGCAUGGACUGGGCUAGACUUUCGCCAAACUCAGAGGUUCGACUCUUCUCAAAGAAAAGAAGUUCCCCAUGUCCCUCCCGUGGUAAAAUGAUGGCUGAUGCUUGUGCAAAUUCAGCACAGCAGUUUAUUCUUGCUUUGACUGGCUUGAUCUCGUGUGCACAUGCUAAUGAUUUAGUUGGCAACUUGGCGCAUGGACACAUAUUCUGA